UCGCGCACACGAAGGGUGCGGGUCGUCCUGGGGGUUGAUUGUUGGUACGGAAUUGGCUGGUUUCGGCAGUCUCGCUCUCUUGCAUGCAGUCCGUCUCGCGACGGGUCGUCGUCGCGUCGCGAUUCAACAGCUGGCGAGAAGGUGUGCUUAAGCGGAGAAGCGUAAACGUCAACUCCGGACUCUUAACGUGAUGCGAGCCACGUCGAAUGGAUCGAAGCGCUACGUGUUGGUGCGUGUGGUGCCGGAGCGAUAGAAUUGAAAUUAUCUGGACCGAUACGGAAGUUAUCUGAUCGAGAAUACCCGAGUGAAUAUCAUUAUGCACUAUGUGAUACGAGGAGACGACGCUAGAUAAGGAGUUGGAUGUUUUCCGCGUGUUAAGGGGGCGCGAGAGAUGAAAGCAGGUGGUUUCCGGCGAGAGCGAGAAACAGAAACUCGGAGGAUCGAAGAAUCGUCGUCUUUCCCGAGACGAUUCUUAGCGACGAGGACGUUGAGGAUUCCGCGCGAGUCGGCGACUCGCGAGGGUGGUGCAUCGAACGAUCGUAUACGCCUGGGGCGCCGAUGAUUCCAUCAGGAUCAUUCACUGCCGACGAUUCGAGCCCGUCGAUCGUCAUCGAAGCGUCGUGUUGCGCGAUAACGACGAUCAGUCGCCAGAUUGGCAGCUCAGCGUCAACGCGGGCAACGUAUCCACCUGAGAAUGGAAGUGAGAGUUUGCUCGGAGCCAAUCAGCAGCAGAAGCAGCAGCAGCAGCAGCAGCAGCAGCAGCAGCAGCGGCAGCAGCGGCGGCAGCAGCGCGAUAGUAGUACCGAGUCGCUAUUCUGAAUUCGAAACGGCGGACGAGAAGCGCAAGCCGCUUGGAGGGUGCGGGAUUGGAGGUGGCGGCAAACCGUACCGGAAGCUGUGGGAGUGGGUGGACGGUAGCGACGGGAUAAGGGUGGCGGCGGCGGCGGCGGCGACGGCGGCGGCGGCGGCGGCGGUGCGGAAAGGGGUACAGGAGGGUAAGCGCAAAAAAUUGCCGGCGGCAGCGGCGGCGGCGGCGAGGACGGAGGGCCGAGGGACGGGCAAGAAGGCGGCGGCGGCGGCGGCUGCGGUGAACGGGAAAGGAAAGCGGAAAUCGGAAGCGGAAGAAGAAAGGGGUCGUCCAUCGGUAGGAGGGCCCCACAGAUGCGGGGCCCGCAGGGGCCAGUCCGCGGCGGCGUGACGCGAUGCGGACGUCCUCCUCCUCUUUGCCGAGGAAGAGGAAGAGGAAAGACGACCUCUCGCCUCCCGACACCGUCCUUCUCACCGGCGACCGGCGACCGUCAGUUAAACAUGUCUCUCGACAGCACUGUCUUCCGCAGCUCGAUAUUAUCGUAUCGUAUCGAACGCGGUACAAUAUUCUUCACCGGGGACAGGAUGUUUGCUCGACGUAUCACGAGGUUCCUGGGAAGCUGGGGAAUCGGCAAACAAACGGGAUUUCCCCGGGUGAACGACGCUGCGAACGAGGUAAGCGGAAAGGAGGGAAAUGCGACGAGGGAAGCGACGACGGGGAAUAUAAAGAAGAAAGACGACGACGAAGUGCGAAGGAUAUCGCGAGUAAAGGGAUCCCUCGAAGGGUCCCAUCCGACGGCGGUAUCGCCAAAAGCGUCUUCCUGCUGGCGCUGCUAUGCGUCCAGUGCUGCCUGGCAGGUACCGAGGCUCUGGCCGGCACUCAGAAGUAUUGUACCAGAACAAUUAAAACACGAUACGGUAUCCUGCGCGGCAUCGAGGCUAGAUCGUCGACGGCCGUCGAGACUUAUUACGGCGUGCCGUACGCGACGCCGCCACUCGGAGCGCUGCGUUACAUGCCGCCGGUUACCCCGACACCCUGGCGUGGCAUCAAGUUCGCCGAUACCAUGCCGCCGGCCUGCCCGCAGCGGCCACCGGUACUGGACGAGAGCUUGCCGCGGCAGAGACAGGCCUACUUUAAAAGGCUGGUGCCAGCACUGGCCAAUCAGAGCGAAGACUGCUUGUAUUUGAACCUCUAUGUGCCCAAAGCUCCUCACGGUAGUAUCGCGGACUCGCUACCGGCUCUCCUCCUUAUUCAUGGCGAUUCAUAUUCGUGGGGCGCCGGAAAUUUAUUUGACGGAACCGCCCUGGCUGCUCACGGACGCCUUAUUGUCGUCUCUAUCAAUUUUCGUCUUGGUGUGCUUGGCUUCCUGAAAACCGGCUCGAAAGGGAGCGCGCAGGGCAAUUAUGGAUUGAUGGAUCUGGUGGCGGGACUUCAUUGGCUGCGCGAAAAUCUCGGAGCUUUCGGUGGCGAUCCUGAACGACUGGCGUUGCUGGGCCACGGCACCGGGGCGGCUCUCGCCAAUUUUUUAGCCGUCUCUCCUAUGGCGAAAGAGCUGAUCGGGAGGGUGAUUCUGCUCGGUGGUUCGGCCCUCUCGCCGUGGGCGGUGCAGCGAGAUCCGCUGAUGGUGAAGCGUCGCGUCGCCGAGAAGAUCAAAUGUGAUCCUGGUGACGUUGAGGCCGACGAUAUCGCACCGUGCCUUCGUUUAAAGAGCGUGGAGGAGCUACUGGCGGUGCAGCUGGAUCCGCCAAGAUUUACUUCCGGAUUUGCACCUUUCGUCGAUGGAACUGUUCUGCCACCGACAGUCAAUCAGAAUUUCCAGCCUACCGCCUCUUCUUCGGGACUAAUGCCGAUCGUGCCCGGGCCCGGCGCGGAAUUCGCGGACUUCGGCAACCGUGAUUUACUUUUUGGUCUGACGUCCGAUGAAGCUUGGGUGAAUCUCACCGAGGAAGAUUUACAGAACGGCUUGAACGAGACGAGGAGGGACCGUAUAUUGCGCACUUACGUCCGGAACACUUACCGGUACCAUUUGCAUGAAAUCUAUUCGACUCUCCGGAACGAGUAUACCGACUGGGAGCGAGGCGAACAGAGUCCCGUGGCGAUCUGCGAAGGUCUCUUAUCUCUCCUCGGAGACGGCCAAGUCGCCGCGCCACUCCUCAGACUGGCCUUACUGCAUUCGGCUUCGGAGGGACGUGGCUAUUUCCUGCAUUUCCAGCCGGGUGAGCUGCCGAGCCAGAGGGGCGAGGAGAUACCAUAUCUCCUGGGUAUUCCUCUUCUUCGCGGCGAAGUCACGUCCGCGGUGCCCACCUUUGGUAACUACACCCCAGCCGACGAGAAUCUGUCGAAACUACUUGUACACUACCUGGCUAACUUCGUGAGGCGUGGGGAUCCAAAUGGCGCGAGUCCUUUGUCCUCGGGAUUGGAAAACGGCCUGGCGACGAGUCCGCCGUUUUGGGACUCGUACGAUUCCAUAAAUCAACUGUACUUGGAGGCCGCUCACAGCCCGGAGAUGCGUUCGCACUACAGAGGCCACAAGAUGUCCCUCUGGCUGAAUCUGCUGCCGCAACUGCACCGGCCGGGUUACGAGCUCAAUAUGCGGCACCAUCAUCUCGCGGAGAACCCCGGUCUCUACGAGGGUCCGGUGCGUCCACAGAGCACGGCCGUGCCUAUACCAGCACCUCCGUUACCAAUGCCGUCACCCACGGAACCCUCCUCGAUACUGACGGCGCUAUCGACCACGGAAUGCACCCCGAAUGCGACCGUCGCGACGACCAUCACGCCUACCACUUCGCGAACGUUGCACAUCUCGAAUCUAGGCCCGGGCCCCAACAACCUCCUGCGCAAACUUGCGUCCAGUCAUUAUCAGAGCUACACCACGGCUCUUACGGUCACUAUCGCAGUGGGGGUGUUCUUGCUGUUGCUCAACAUCCUGAUCUUCGCGGGGAUAUACCACCAACGCGACCGGAACACAACCAGCGGCGGUCUGUCGGGCACUUUUAGCAACAAGAAGAAGGAGGAGUUUCUGGAGGCUGGUUGCUCCGGUAUAGACACCUCGGGCAAACAGCGACUACCGUCUUCCAUGAGCAUGAUCGACUCGCCGUCGUCGAUGCUGCCACCGCACAAGGCGAAGCUCGUGCAGGAGCUCGAGUUACAAUUGCAGGAGUUCCAGUGCUCACCGCCGCCCGGCGGUGGUAAACGGAUCCUGGAACCGCCGUCCUACAGUAAGAGUCCGUGCAUUCAGCGGACCCGCACGCCGUCGCCCUGCGUAGACGCCACUAUCGCCCAGAUGGAUGAGGUCAAUAUCAGCGGCCUUCAUCACGACAGCGAGGACGAUAACGAGGACCUGCCGGAACCACCGCCUCCGCCCAAGGCUCCGGCACCGAACGUCGGUCUCACGUGCCCUGGAAUUCUGCGGCAACCCGGGACACCUGGUAGUGCGAAGAAGCGCGUGCAAAUUCAAGAGAUCUCCGUGUGAUAGAGUGCGGGAUUCCGGUCUCUCGAGAUCUUCUCUCUGACGCUGGAGGAUGUGGUUCGCCGUGAACGAGGCGCGAGGACAGCAUCGAUCGAGAUCGAGGGUAUAGGUGAGGGGCGCCUUUGAACUCUGAACUUAUUAUCGGGAAUACACUUGCCAAGGCGCGAGAGUCACGAUCUUCUAAGUCAUUGUCGAAGCUAAUUUCGUCUCUCAUAAUCUCGUGAGAUUAUCACUUCCUUGUAUUCCGUUUGAGAGAGAAGAUAAAUAGCACGUUCUCGCGCUUACGUGUUCGUGGAGUUUGAUUAACUUGUGCGAGAUGAAAGCGGGAGAUCCCUUUCGCGUAAACGUUUGGCGGCCGUGUUAAUAUAAAUUCUCUUCUCAAAACUGUUCUUGCUCUUAGAACUUAUUACAGACUGUUAAACACAUUACAGAAACGCGUUCAAGCUUACAAUCCUUAUUGUUGGAAUGAUUCUCGUCAGAAAUGGAUGCCAACAUAUGUAUGUAGUUCGUUUCGCGAUUGAAGAAAGUGAAACAUAAUUUUUACUCGCUCCGAACGGAGUUGUACAGUGCCGUGUGUGUGUGUGUGUGUGUGUGUGUG